AUUCUUUGCUUGAACUGUGGACUGCAGGAUGGAAAAGAUGGAACUGGUGUCGACGCCGGAAGGGGUCACGUGGCAGGACCGCGAGAUUCGGUUCGACAUCGCGACGUCCGCCAUGGAGCUCCGCAAGGGAGAGGUCGCGAUUGACUCGAUUAAUUCUGUCGAAGACACCAAGGGCAACAACGGCGACCGCGGGUCGCUGGAGAUUACCAACCUACGGUUGUUGUGGGCGUCGCAUCGUUCGACUCGCACGAACUUAAGCAUCGGGUACAAUUGUGUGCAGUCGGUCAAGAUCCGUACGGCGACGUCCAAGCUUCGAGGGUCGACGCAAGCGCUGUACAUCAUGACCAAGUACUCGAACUCACGGUUCGAAUUCAUCUUUACGUCGCUGGUGAAGGCCAGUCCGCGGCUGUUCACGACGGUUCAAGCCGUGUUUCGAUCGUACGAAACCACGAAACUGUACCGCGAUCUCAAGUUGCGUGGCGCCAUCAUCCAGGACAAAGAGCUGCGCCUGCUACCCCAUGAACAAGUGUACACCAAAGUCCCCGGAGUGUGGAACCUCAGCUCCGACCAGGGCAACCUCGGCACGUUCUUUGUCACAAACGUUCGCGUCGUGUGGCACGCCAACCUGGCGGAGAAUUUCAACGUGAGCAUGCCGUACAUGCAAAUCAAGAGCGCGCGCAUCCGCAACUCAAAGUUCGGUCCUGCCCUCGUCAUUGAGACGUCCGUGUCGAGCGGGGGCUAUGUCCUCGGGUUCCGCGUGGACCCCGAAGAGAAGCUGACGGAGCUCUUCAAAGAGAUCAAGAGUUUGCACACGGUGUUCUCGGUCAAUCCAAUCUACGGCGUCGAGUACACGCUCGAGGAGAAACCAGCGUCGCUCGAGUUGCUCAAGCAGCCGCGCAAGAUCGAUGACGUUGAGAUCGUCGAGGAUCAAUCGAGCUCCAUCGAUGCGUUCGCCGCGUAUUACGCCGUGGCCAACAAGAACCAAGACCGCGCUCCGACGUACUGCAAGGACAUCGGGCUUGCGAUUGAAGGUCUUCCCGAAGGCAUUUCUCUUGCCGAUUUGUGGUGCGUCACGUAAAGAGCGCGCCCGCUGAAUUGAUCCCAAUGCACGUGAGUAAAAACCCUUCAACAGCGUCAGAAAAAGUCGAGUAACGUUAGGAAUGAUUGAAUGUUUAUGGGCUCCCAGGGUUGCGCAGUUGGAUGUAGUUGUUGUGGCGGCGACGUAGCUUUCGGUAUCCGACGACAAGGAUUGCAACGCCGACCGCCGUCCACACGAACGACGAUGCCAUCGACGUUGAACUCAGCGAAGGCUGUGGCAGCUUCUUGGUGGUCUCGGCAGGGGCCGGGGGGUGGCCCGGGGUCACGGUUGGAUUGGUUGAAGUUACAGGCGGUGGGUUCGACGUGAGGGGUGGAGGCGUGGUCGAAGGUUGCGAAGUCGGCGGCGCUGUGAUUGUGUCUGCCGGAGUAGUUGAGGUGGGGACGGCAGUGGAUUGCGGAGCCGUAUUCACAACAUUCGUCAGAACUGCGGGGGUAGUUGUUGGCAGGGACCCGGAAGGAGGUGGGAACGUGAUGGUGUCUCUCGCUGCUGCAGAUAAUGUGGCAUAGCAAGUUCGUACAUCCGUGGCAAGCGGCUCGGACGUGAGGGGCAUUGUGCACUGAGCGUCCGUAAAAUGACCAAAAGUCAUUUGCGAACAGUUGGCCUGCACGAACAGGUUUGGUCGGCCCAAGGAGACGCAUUCGUUGUCUACAACAGUCUCGAUACCCCAUGGCCCGUGCCGGAUUUGCAUGUAUGUGGUGUUGGGGUACCAAACGUCGUCGGUGGUGUUUGCUUUGACGCUGGAGGUGCAGUUGCGGGUGAUCGACACAUCUGUGGCGUUGUCAUGCUUGCGGUAGACCAGAGGACCGACGCAGGCAGGGCCCGGCAUGACUCGCCCACAGACCAGAAGACACGAACAAUGCCUUUAGGCCAACCGCACAGCCGACGCUGUUUGCCAUUUUGCCAUCUGC